AAUGUUGUCAGUGAACUUUUAGCAAACCCGCCCGCCUCCUCUUGGCCCGGAGGCCAGAGCGCCAGGGUCCCCCACCCCCUGGGCCGGUCCUGCCCACCCCCUGGCCCUGCCCGGCCGUGCCCCCGCAGUGCCCCCGCAGUGGGCCUCCUGCGGCGAGCACCAUGGGCGGCGGACACCGGCUCCUGCUGGAGAACGCCCAGCAAGUGGUGCUGGUGUGUGACCGGAGACAACCCUACCUCCAGGCCGGGGCCGGCCUCACUCUCCUCCACAAUGCCAGCCUGCUCAUCGGAAGAGAUGGAUUUAUAGAAGCCAUAGGUCCUGUGGAUACUAUCCGUAAGCAGUUCUCAGGAGAAGUGUUUGAGGAGAUAAUUGACUGUUCUGGGAAAUGUAUACUUCCAGGUUUGGUGGAUGCACACACACAUCCUGUUUGGGCUGGUGAGAGAGUUCAUGAAUUUGCUAUGAAGCUGGCAGGUGCCUCUUACAUGGAUAUACACCAAGCUGGAGGAGGAAUCCACUUCACUGUGGAGUGCACACGGAAAGCCUCGGCAGAGGAGCUCUUCACUAGCCUCAAAGAGCGACUUCUGCGUAUGCUGAGGGCUGGGACCACCUUGGUGGAGUGCAAGAGUGGCUACGGCUUAGACCUGGAGACGGAACUGAAGAUGCUCAGAGUGAUCGAACGAGCUCGACGGGAACUAGGCAUCGGCAUAUCUUCUACCUACUGUGGAGCUCAUUCAGUGCCCAAGGGGAAAACUGCCACUGAAGCUGCAGAUGACAUUGUCAACGUCCACCUCCCUAAACUGAAGGAACUUGGUCUAAGUGGUGAAAUACAUAUUGACAAUAUAGAUGUAUUUUGUGAGAAAGGUGUCUUUGAUCUCGAUUCUACCAGAAGAAUUCUUCAGAGUGGAAAAGAUAUCGGGUUGCAGAUUAACUUCCAUGGAGAUGAACUCCAUCCUGUGAAGGCUGCUGAGCUUGGCGCUGAACUAGGAGCCCAGGCCAUUAGCCACCUGGAAGAAGUUAGUGAUGAAGGCAUUGCUGCUAUGGCAACUGCAAAGUGCUCAGCUGUCCUCUUACCCACUACGGCCUACAUGCUGAGAUUGAAGCAACCCCGAGCUAGGAAGAUGUUAGACGAAGGGGUGAUAGUUGCUCUUGGCAGUGAUUUUAACCCUAAUGCAUAUUGCUUUUCAAUGCCAAUGGUAAUGCAUUUGGCCUGUGUGAACAUGAAAAUGUCAAUGCCAGAGGCUUUAGCGGCUGCCACCAUUAACGCAGCUUAUGCCCUCGGGAGAUCUCACACACACGGAUCCCUGGAGGUUGGCAAACAAGGUGAUGUCGUUAUCCUCAAGUCCUCAAGAUGGGAACACUUGAUUUACCAGUUUGGAGGUCACCAAGAAUUAAUUGAGUAUGUUGUAGUGAAAGGAAAAGUCAUCUAUAAAAAUGACAGAGUCAUGAACUACUAAGUUUUUUUGGCAAAAGAAAAAAGCCAUCGACAUAAAUAAGAACAAAUUAAGUUACUUCAGUAAAUGUCAGCUUAAACAUUUUGCAUAAAUUAAUAGUUCAUUGGUAGAACAAAACUUAGUGUAAAAAUUGUUAUUCAUUAUGAAUGCACCAUUUUUAAAUUAACCAUGUAAUUCAACAGAGCAUUUAUAUGUGAAGCUGUUAUGGGAGCAAUUGCUUUUAAAAUCUAUUACAUAAGUUCAUGGAAUUGGCAAAGUUGAGAAACAG